AUGCCUGUCUGCUCCUCUCUAAAUUGGAGGGGAGGGGCAGAAGUGGAGCCCUGGGCUGCUGCCAGCUCCGACCUGGCACUUGCUCCUCCGCGUCACUGUCAGGAUUUGUCUAGCGACGUGUUCCCUGACAGGGGUGUGUUGGGGGGAGCCCUCUUCCCGACAAUCAAAAUGGUUAUCAAAGUAUUUGUUGCCACAUCUUCUGGGUCCAUAGCGAUUAGGAAGAAACAGCAAGAAGUGGUGGGCUUUCUGGAAGCUAAUAAAAUCGACUUCAAGGAGUUAGAUAUAGCUGGAGAUGAAGAGAACAGGAGGUGGAUGAGAGAGAACGUGCCUGGAGAGAAGAAGCCUCAGAAUGGGAUCCCUUUGCCUCCCCAGAUCUUCAAUGAGGAGCAGUAUUGUGGGGAUUUUGACUCUUUCUUCUCUGCAAAAGAAGAGAAUAUUAUUUAUUCGUUCCUUGGUUUGGCUCCCCCUCCAGACUCAAAGGUGACAAAGUCGCUGGAGGAAGCAGCUUCCCUUCCCAAUGGCGAUGUAGCAGGGGAGUCAGAGAGUACUGCGGAGGGAACAGAGAAGACUGAAGAAAGUGGAGAAAAUGAGGCACAGAAAGAAGACAAGGAGGACAUGGGCAACCUCCCUGAAAACCCGGAGAAGAACGAAGAAGAGGGAGAGCGAGCAGUGGAAGAGAGGGAAGAAGUGGCAGUGGAGGGAGCCGAAGGGGAGGCCAAGGCCGAAGAGGGCGUGGAAGAGGAAGGAGGAGACUCUUAGGUGGUUCUGGGCUUUCCCAGAAAACCAAAGCCCACGAAGCAGCAUUUCAAAAGUCUCCCCACAAAUGUAACCAAAUAUUUUGGCCCAAAGCAUGCACACCUCUCUCAGUACAUCCGGGACUCCCGAGGACUCGUGCUGUCUGGCGAGGUUAGAUACACAAGAACGUCUUCUCAGUCACAUUUGCAGGAGGUUAAAUGUGAAGACCGUCUGCCUACCUUCAUGUGCCCAACGUUCUUGGCCUCUGCUCGUUAGCACUAUUCGCUCUGCACAAAUAGACCUUCUUGGUAAUACUCUGAAAGAAAGAUUGAAAGGAAUAGAGCCUCUCCGGUACAAAAGAAUUUCUUUGUAUGUGCCUUUUGCUUCCUGUCAUUGACUUAACUUUGAAAGGAGGUGCUUUCCAGAGAACAGCCAUAGAAAUAAAGAUUCAUAGCAAAUACUUCAUCCGUGUUUCUUUAUUCAUUGUCUCUGUGUGCAGGUGCCUGAGCUCAGUGUGUCUGCGGUGAGUGUAAGUCCCUUCUGCCUUGGGGUGGACAGUCUUGGUGGCAGUGAUUAUUUGGUCCAUGUUUUCAGGGUGCCUCAAUUGUCUUUUUAUGUCAUAUUUUGUGCUAUCCAAAUGGCUGUCUUUGGAGCUGAGCUCACUGUAGUUCUGUGAUCCACACAUGUAGGGAGGAUGACAAGGACAAAGAUGGGCAGCUCACUGCCCUUUGCACAUUUCUGAGCAUCAGGGAGCAGUUUCUGCUUCAGUUUUUCUGACCACUGAUUGAUUUGCAGUCAUGGCUCAUGUGGAACCCAGUGCUGUACUUUUGCCUCCCAUGGCCAGGUAUGUGUGGUCACCAUCGCUGCCAGCCCUCCACCCCGGCCUUGCACUGGGUAGGUUGGACAGCUCCUCUGCCCACCUCAGUUUCCUAUAGAUAUUUCUCUUUCUCGUGAGAGAGAUGUUGAUGCUUGUGUUUUUCUUGCAGCAAACAUCGCUUCUGUCUGGUCAGAAGGGCUCAUCUCGUUGUUGUGCUCCUUCCCUGUUUCACGAUCAUGUAGCAGUUUCCUGUGGGGUGGCCACAGAUUUUCCCCUCCCAAGCCUACCUGCAGAGUGGAUUGCAUGGUGGCAGGAGGCAUGGGGUCUCAGGACCCUGGACAGCAGCUCCCUUCUUGGCACCUAGUAACAGACAUUUCGAAGGGAAUUAAGGUUAUUGUGUCCUGAAUUGUUGAAGUCACCUUUAAAUCCACCUCUCCCUCUGCUGAAAGUAAGGUGAAAGACUACAGUGAAAUAGAAAGUCAUAUAAUUAAAAAUUCCUAUUUUUAUUUCGUGGCAUUUAAUUACAUCCUAUUUUAAAAGCUUGCUCAUUUUUAUAAACAUCGACGUACAAAUAGGCCUUCAGGUGCUUGUUGCUUUGGGCUGCCCUUUUAGGGUGGAGUAGGAUGGAGGUAGGGUUAACUAGUGUUCACAGAUUGCUAAGUGAGAAUGAGUAUUUGUGCCAAUAAUAAGCAAAGGUAACAAACCAUACCUGAUGUAUUCAAAUUGAAUUAAUUUUUCUUAUGUUGUUUUCCUGUGAGUCAGCAAACUAACAUUCUAGAAGAGUAGUUUUUCUUACACACGUCUCACUUUAAGGUGUCGAAAGGCAGAACCACUAGAUGGUAAUAUCACACGACCAGUGUCAGUUCCCGUCUUGGUUUGGUUUCACUCAUCACUACAACCUCCACGGGUAAGUGGAUCCACAGUGAGGAAAGUCUCUAGGAUAUGUGAUAUCAAAAUACAGUUAAAAUUACAUGCUUUAUCUGUUACAGGAAGCUUUUAGAAACUAAGCAGCACUGUGAAUAUGCAAAACCCCCAGAAAACCCCAAGUGAACAGG